AUAAAACAGGAACCUUUGGUAUCCAGUGUGGAGGGAGAGCCACACACUUUUGCAGUUACAUUCCGCCGUCUUUUUUUUCGCCUCUAGAAUAUAUACAACCUACAUACCGUUCAUCAUGGCCCGUGUACAGGAACUCAUGGGAACAUUGCCCGGGAUUGUCAGCGAAAUGAGAUCUCUUAUCAACAGCAGGCAAACCGCGGAGGAGGCGCGAGCAAACUGGGGCUGGAGGCAUGGAGGUCCCAGGUUUACCGAUGAAAUUACUAAGCUCAAGAUGGAGCUAAGAGCGCAAGGCAAGCCGGUCACCACCUGCACCGCAUUUCACGUCUUCAAGGAGUCCAAGGUUAAAAACCCCACAGGCCGCAUGAUUGUGAUUCCUAUCGGUGGGACAAUUCUGUUCAAAAAGGGUAGCGAGGUACUCACCCCAGGCUAUUAUUAUUACAUUGAAGACGAAAGGAUCCUGCAUGGCCAGGAUAUGGAUGUAAUUUUGGCCGCGCUGGAGAAGAAAAAAUAGCGGCUGUUUCAGAGCGACACUGGCUUAGAGAGAGCGCUGACACUGAAAUUUAUGGUUUAAGCAUGGUGCAUUGACAUCGUGUCAGCCAUAUCUUACCACUAUUGAAUCCGGAGAGUAUUGGAUAUCAAUAUUUAGCUAAAUUCUGGCUGGGCCAAUCAGAUUGCUGGAUUCUACUAUAGAUUCAACUCACCAGAUUAAGGAGAUUUUAC